CUACCAGCAGGAAAAGGAAAAGAUAGCAUCACCAACCAGUCAACCAAGCCGUGCCCACGUAGUCGCACGGGUGUUGCAUUGGCGCCAUUCCAAAAUAACUGUUGGUAUUAUUCUGCUCGGCAACUAUGCCGCCCCCACUACAGCCAUCAUCGCCUUAUACAAACAGUCGACACGCCUCGCGCACUCUCACGCCUACGGGACACAACGAUGGACCCAACCCAUCAGCCAGUAGUCCAAAUCAUGAUGGACAGAGCCAGGGUCCGCCAAACAAGCGGCGACGUAUUACUUUGGCCUGUGGAACAUGUCGAACCCGCAAGUCUAGAUGUGAUGGCUCUCGUCCCAAAUGCUCUAUGUGCCGAGACUUGGGCACUGAUUGUGUUUACCAGCAAGUCGGGAGCUCCCCGAAUCUUACUGUAGGCAAGGAUUAUGUUGCGCAGCUAGAGCACAGAAUCGAACAGAUUGAGGAAUUUAUACGUCCUUUGCGCGAAGGUCGUGCCGAGAUCAUUGCUGUCAAGCCGUACCAUGUGCAAGAAGAUACUGAUAGUUAUCGACGUCAUGGAUCAACAGCAGACAGUGAGAAGUCUAGCCAUGCAAAGCUAUCAUCUCAUGUCGUCAACCCGAAUGAAAACGAAAUGGGCGAGGUGGACAAUUCAGAGGGCUCUAUUGAUGGAAUGGCUGCCAUCAGCUUUCAGGAUGAGCCAGAUUCUGGAUUUUUUGGACCUUCGUCCAACAUUGCGUUCAUGCGGCAUAUUUCACAAGCAAUCACUCGUGCAACUCACCGCAAUCCAUCGUUACUCCCUGUCUCUCCCAUCAACCGACAAGGAAACGCUAUGAUGAGCACUUCUCGAUCACACCCACCUCCAGACAGUGCAAACAAAACAGGAAACCGCGGUAUAAAUAUAUACGCCUUACCAUCUGAACACCAGUCCUGGGAACUUAUUGAAAAUUACUUUUCAAAGACAGGGCAGCUUCUUCCAUUUAUCCACGAGCAAUCUUUCUGUGAAACUUAUUUUCAAAUGAAAAGAAAUGAUUUCACAAAAGUGCGGAGGACAUGGUUAGGCCUGCUCAAUAUAGUAUUCGCUAUCGCCAUGAGUCUUUAUAACGACAGCGAUAUACCAGCGCAGAAGCGAAUUGAUCAGUCUGAUAUCUUUUACCAGCGCGCGAAUGCCUUGUGCGAUAGAGAAUCGAGACGUAAUACAAGUCUUGAGAUGGUCCAAUAUCUGCUGAUUCUCGGCCAGUAUCUCCAAGGCACACAAAAGUCCGUUCAGGCUUGGACUACCCACGGCCUUGCCAUCACUGCUGCAUUUCAGCUCGGUAUUCAUUCUCCCGAGGCGAACAAAGGGUUCCCGCCUUUGGAAUACGAAAUUCGUAAACGGACGUGGUUUGGAUGCGUGCUGUUGGAUAGGACGCUGAGUAUGACUUUCGGUCGACCGUGUAUCGUACCGCAGUCAUAUGUUAGACUGGAGAUGCCUCUUCAUGGAAUGCAGAUGCUAGGUCGGACUACUCAACCCGAGAUUCGGGCUCAUCGAGAUGCUUGUUUCUUUACAGCUGCAAUUCAACUUUAUGUUGUCAUGUAUAAUGUCAUCGACACCUGCUAUGGCCAGAAUCUCGGCCUAGACACGGGUCAGACAACCUACGAUAUUGUAUCAAAAGUCUUUGAGGGUAGUCGCCAACUGGAAGAAUGGCAGCACCGACUCGUCCCCUCAUUAGGCCUCCACGUUCUUCAAAAGCCUUUGACAGCCCCAGAUAUUGAAAUUAUGAAAGUCGACAGUGUGAUCUUUCAGAGAUUCAACAUUGUCCUUUCCCUACGCUUUCACAACCUUCGUAUUCUCCUCCAUCGCAAGUUCUUGGAGCAAUUCUUGGAUACAGGCAGAAAUGGCCCCGGCGGGGAGCUCCCGAACCCAAUGGGCAUAAAUAGUGUUCAAAAUUGUGUCGAAUCAGCCAUUAUCAUCAUAUCAACAGUACAUACCAUUGCAACCACAACAGGAUGGCAUCGUGGACUUCUGGGUGCCUGGAAUUAUUCAUUGUAUUAUGCCUUCAAUGCCGGACUGGUAAUCUUCGGCGCUCUUCUAGUUUCGUCUAGAGAAAGCCCCAAAAACCCUACUCUCUGGGAACCUGUCGAACGAGCCAGACCUUACCUAGGACUAGCAGUAGACGCGCUUCGUCGCUUAGACAGCGGCAAUCGUGUGAUUGAACGAUGUGUUGAGUAUUUGUCCCAAAUUACCAUGGCGUUGACAGCUCUGACAUCAAACCCACCCUCAACGGACAUACCCACCCUCAACUCAUUAAACAACCCUAACACCACAUAUCCCUCAGAAAUGCUACCCAGCUCGACAACAAUAUCCCAAGCACCAGGAGGCCCUCUGGCACCAUUCACCGACCGCAGUGCCCAGUUCCCACUCAGCCAAUCGCCCGUUGGCGUCGACCUGGGCGAGUUCAUGAUUGACAGUGAUCUGGACUUUCUCGGAAAGCUGUUUUAUGAUAUUAAUCAAAGCGCUGGUAAUAUCAACAGCGCCACUCCUACUGAUACUACCACUGCUACGAACGGCAGUCAUGGCCACGGUAAUUAUAACAGUAAUCAUAACGGCAAUAAUAACAAUCAUCGCCCGCCGCAGGCAUCCACUCCAAUGCAUCCCAUUCACCACCAUUCACCAAUCCCCGGGCCCACGCAGUCAUCGGUCCCUCUUAACAACACGUUGAAUCCACACAGAGGUUAAUCGGACUGGAGAGAAUGGCGGAGUGUAUGUAUAUAUAUGUAUAGUAUGAGUAAUAGUCAAUAUCUAAUCAAG